ACUUUGAUUUCUUCGCUUUUGGCUUCCUAGGAAAUAUCUUGGGGGUUUUUCUGCAUAGACAGUUGCAUGGCUAUACGUCUUAGUCCUUGUUCUUCAACCUCAAACACCUUCUCUUCUUCUUCAUUCAGCCAUGGCAGCAUACCAAGAAACUCAUACUUCCCAACUUGGGCGUCACAGGACUAUUCAAGGGGUCACCAUGGCAGAAAUUUUGAGCUCAGAUCAUCAAAUUUGCAGCCCUUAAACGCGGUUUCUCUUCAGGCUGGUGUGUCUGCAAAUCCUCUGCCCAAAGAACAUGUAGAGACUCAAGUGAAAGAGGAGUCGUCCUCCUCCUCAAAAUCUGGGAAAGCAGAGUCUACUCUCAGCAUUGUUGUGGUUGGAGCUUCAGGGGAGCUUGCCAGGAAGAAAAUCUUCCCUUCACUUUUCGCUCUCUUUUACGAAGAUCGCCUUCCUAAGAAUUUCACAAUAUUUGGCUAUGCAAGGAGUACAAUGACAGAUGAGGAGCUGAGAAACAUGAUCAGCAGAGGCUUGACCUGCAGAAUUGACAAGAGGAAAAAUUGUAACGAGAAAAUGGAUCAGUUCUUACAGAGAUGCUUCUACCAUUCUGGUCAGUACAGUUCUGAGGAUCAUUUCUCCAAAUUGGACAAGAAGCUGAAAGAGAAGGAGGGUGGAAGAUCGUCGAAUAGGUUGUUUUACUUAUCAAUCCCCACAAGCAUUUUUGUGGAUGCAGUGAGAUGCGCCAGACGUCGCGCUUCUUCAGAGCAAGGGUGGACAAGGGUCAUCGUUGAAAAGCCAUUUGGCCGCGACUCAAAGUCAUCUGUAGAGCUAACCACAGGCCUAAAGCAGUAUCUAAGUGAGGAUCAAAUAUUCAGAAUUGACCAUUACUUGGGGGAGGAACUCAUCGAGAAUCUCUUGGUUCUUCGCUUCUCAAACCUCGUAUUCGAGCCCUUAUGGUCUAGGAACUACAUCCGCAAUGUGCAAGUGACAUUCUCUGAAGAUAUUGGCAUAGAGGGAAGGGGCAAAUACUUUGACAACUAUGGAAUUAUCCGGGAUAUAAUGCAGAACCAUCUCCUGCAAAUACUAGCUCUGUUUGCAAUGGAGACACCAGUCAGCUUAGAUGCUGAAGACAUCAGGAAUGAAAAGGUCAAGGUUUUGAGAUCCAUGAGGCCUCUUCAGCUUGAAGACGUUGUCGUCGGCCAAUAUAAGGGCUGCACAGAGGGCAUUACGUCAUAUCCUGCAUAUACAGAUGAUCCAAAUGUGACAAAGAACAGCCUCACUCCAACAUUUGCAGCAGCAACCUUCUUCAUCAACAAUGCUAGAUGGGAUGGAGUCCCUUUCUUGAUGAUUGCAGGCAAAGGCCUCCAUUCGAAGCGAGCAGAAGUUAGAGUGCAGUUCAGACAUGUCCCUGGGAACUUGUACAAACAGAAGUUUGGAACUGAUCUGGACAAGGCCACCAACGAGCUGGUGCUUCGCUCACAGCCUGAUGAGGCCGUAUACCUGAAAAUCAACAACAAGGUUCCUGGUCUUGGACUGAGAUUGGAUUGCAGUGACCUUAACUUGCUUUACAAAUCGAGGUAUCCAAGAGAAGUACCCGACGCCUAUAAGAGGCUGCUAUUAGACGCUGUAGAGGGGGAGCGUCGGUUGUUCAUCAGAAGUGAUGAGCUUGAUGCAGCUUGGGCACUCUUCACACCACUGUUGAAGGAACUGGAAGAGAAAAAGGUCAUGCCAGAGCUCUAUCCCUAUGGUAGCAGGGGACCAGAAGGAGUUCAUUAUCUUGCUGCCAAGCACAAUGUUCGUUGGGGAGACCUCAGCUGCGAUGACUUGUAACCAUAUUUGCGUUCAUCGAUUGGCUAAAAUGGUGUAUUGUGUUGAUCAGUGAAACGGGAUGUUUAGUUGUUUUGCAGUGCUUGUAAGUUAGGUGUUUGAAUGAAUCUAUAGAAUCAUGCAAAUAAGAAAGGAAAAACUACUCUAAUUGGUAGUUGACUGUAAACCAAUUCUACACUCAUCUUUGGCAUUCCCAAAUGGUCAUAUCGAAUCCAAAUAUCACCAAAAAGUCUUUAGUUUUGAA